ACACGAAUGCGCUGGAGGAAGUCGAGCAAAAUCGCUACCACCAAGACUGUCGUGCGCUGUCGUCCAGUCCACACGAUCGCAUGGAAGUCGAGGAAGAAGACAUUUUUACCAAAGAACCUAAAGAUGGCAAUGCCCACGCCCAUGAAGAUGCUGUCAACAACAACAGCAAUGACAUUAAACUGAAAAUAGAUCAAUCAUCUGAUCAUAAUGAUAGCACUGACGGCGAAGAGCCUUACGGACUGGAAAGAGAUAGUUUACACAACUCGUUUCUAGCGCGAAGUAACCAGUCAAUUCUCGCACCCGAGCUUUCCCUGAACGAGCAACUUGCAAAUUCAAGUUUAACCCUUGAGGCAAUAAAUAACACGCGCAUGACUUUGGCUAAGUUGGCGUCAGCAGCUGCACAAAGUGGACCUGGUGAAUCUUCUCUUCCUGAUGUCACGUUGCUCCAACGCGCUCUUUAUAACCUACAACAUCAGCAGGUCAUACAAAUGCAGCUUAUCAAACAGCUUCAGGAGCAGCUUUCCAGCAAAAAUAAAGCUGAUGAGCGAGAAAAAAUACAAGGUCACGGAAAAAGAGCCAUAUCACCAAAUAUUUUAGAAUCACGACAAGGACCGAUAUCUAUAAUGAAUAACUUUACAGAUCGACUAAAAAGUCCGAACUCUGAUUCUGAUAACACAAAUCAAGGCGGAAAUACCAAAGUUCGUGAACUUUCUCCUCCUCUUUGUGGUGGAGAAAGCAUUACUUCCUCAGUGAUACAGCACAAUGAUUCUCCUCCAUCGACUUCAGAACCAAAUACUCUGGAGAUGCUACAGAGAACUGCCAAUCAAGUCUUGAGUAACGCAUCACAAGGUCUACUCACAAACCGGCUAAUAGACGACUACAGUAAGAAUGGUGACGUGAAUGAUGGCACAAACAAACAUCGAUGCCGAUACUGCGGGAAGAUUUUUGGAAGUGAUUCAGCUCUUCAAAUACACUUACGGUCACACACAGGUGAGCGUCCUUUUAAAUGUAACAUUUGCGGAAACAGAUUUACCACUAAAGGGAAUCUCAAAGUGCAUUUUCAACGACAUCAAGCCAGAUUCCCGCACGUAAAAAUGAAUCCUCACCCAAUACCUGAAAAUUUGGAUAAGUUCUAUCCUCCUCUUCUGGCCCAACUUGGCGAGAUAAGCGACUGUCCUCCCGCACCUACAGGACCUCCAAGUCCAUUUUCUCCCGGCGCCCAGUCCUCCACCAUACCAGGUUGUCCUCCAGAGCUGUCGCCUUCUUUGCCGCCUACUCUGGAUUUUUCUAUUGGAAUGACAAAUCCACUCCUUCCAGCUUUGAAAAUUUCUCAAGAAAAAUCCGAUCUCCUAAAUGAGUGUAAAGAUACAAUUAAAUCUCAAUCUGAAGUUUAUGAAAAUAUGAAAACCGAAAGUCCAUUUUUUAGUAAAAAUUGCUCAGAUGCUGACGACUCCAUGGACUCCAGUGUUACAAGGAGUGAUAACGAGAAGAGGAAAUUUGACCAGCGUUUCAUGAACGAAGACAGCGACGAACAGUUAUCCUUUUCUUCAGGUCGACAACGGGAUGACAUUGACGAUUCUGAUACGAAAGAGCAUUUGUUAUCGAAAUGCCCAACAGAAAAGGAAAGUGAAAGUAACAAACCAAUAAUGAAGAGAGAAAACAUGGACGUUGACAGUCAUGUUGGGAAUAUCCCUAGUCUUCAGCCAGAAAUUCGACCAAAACUUGAAACACUGCAUAACAUUCCAAAUUUUCCUUUCCCGGGACUACGCUUUCCUUUUCCUCUAAAUUUUCCGUUCCUUCCUGGCUUCAAUGCGCCGAUGUUCCAAACUUCCCUACCCCCGCCUCAACCCCGUCCUGUGAUACCUCCUGGAGUUGAUCCUGCCAAAGACCCAAACGUGUAUAAUAGUCUAUUGCCGAGGCCAGGGAGCACUGAUAGUUCAUGGGAGGCUUUAAUCGAGGUCAAAAAAACCAGCGAGACAAUGAAACUCGAAGAAUUGGUAAAAAAUAUUGAGUAUAAAUUAGAGCCAAACCAGUGUGUGAUUUGUCAUCGUGUUUUGUCCUGCAAGUCUGCACUACAAAUGCAUUACCGAACACACACCGGAGAACGGCCAUUUAAGUGUAAAAUAUGUAACCAUACAUUCACCACGAAAGGUAAUCUAAAAACUCAUAUGAGUGUGCACAGAGCUCGUCCGCACGUAGGCAUGCUACAUCAGUGCCCGGUGUGUCAUAAAAAGUUCGGUAACUCAUUGGUUCUCCAGCAACACAUUCGAUUACAUACCGGCGAGCCGACGGAUUUAAGUCCAGAGCAAAUUUCUGCGGCUGAAGUGAGAGACAUGUCGCCCAACUUUCAAUCAUUUCCUCCUAAUCUACUUCCCCCUGGGGUUCCACUUCCUCCACAUCAUCCCUUGAGAGGAUUUGCCCCCUUCCAGUUCCCCAUGCGUUAUCCGAUUUCUCCUGAUUUCUUGAGAACUAAGGAUAGAAUCCGAAUGGAAGAUAAAGGUGAGGAAGAUGAAGCUUAUAUCAGAUUCAAGUCCGAGAUGAUGGCUCUUGAUCGCGAUCGCGAGCAACGCGUUGCAGAGGAUUUAUCAACAAAAAUUCGCGACGAGAAUCUCCAAAACGGAUCUGCAUCACCGCGGCGAUCAAUUUCACCGUCACCCUCGGAUUAUUCAGAUCCAGGCAUGCGAGAAACGACAUCAGAAAACUCAUCAUACUCAUCAGACCGCAAUGCAGGCGCUGCCACCAGCCCGGCGGUUGGCAAUGAGAGUCCGGCGCCCCUAAACCUCGUCUCGCGACCCCACCACCCGCCGUUUUGGUCCCCCAUUGGACUGUUCCCUCAGACAAUGCCAUCAUCGGCACAAAUAACCUCAUCGCCCUCAACCAUGUCUCCAGUUUUCUCCCCUCUCUACUUGCCGAACAUACCAGGUCGCGGUAACACCACUUGCAAAAUAUGUUUCAAGACGCUGGCCUGCCAGUCGGCUCUCGAGAUCCACUAUCGGUCGCACACCAAAGAAAGGCCCUUCAAGUGCUUGUACUGCGAUAGAGGCUUCACCACAAGGGGAAAUAUGAAGCAACAUUUACUCACACACAAAGUUCGAAACGGAGACAAAAAAAAUGACACUGACCCAGCAAGUCCAGCCGGGAGUGAAGCCAAUCACUCGUCGCAGAGUUUCGUUCCCUCCUCCUCAUCUUCCCCAAGCUCCCGUUUCCCCUCACCCCCAGUCACAUCAACAGUCUCUCCAGUCACUCGUCAAACAUAUUUUUCCAACGAGGCUCAUCAUUCCCAUUUGAAUUCCCAUUCCCGUAAAGAUCACACAAAUUCCCGCGCCAGCCCCUCACCCCGACAGCCGAUGUUCUCGCCACCACAACAGACAAGUUUCCCGACAUCUCCUUCCCGGCCGCUAUAUCAAGGCUUGAACUAUGAAUUUCCACCCGCAUCCACCGAAACUGCCCGGGUGGAGAAUUUCUCCCCUAAAAUGCAGACCGAUUCCUGUAACUCUGAAGACAACUUGAGGGGCAGCGAAUGCGAGAGAGUGGAUUUCUCCAACCUCAAAAGAGGUCGAGACGGCGAACUCGUUCUGCCAGAGUCCAAAAGAGCCCAAAGCACGGAGGCGGCCGCUCGACCCUUAGACCUCCACCAGGCAAGACUAGACUCGGGAAAUCUGACCGCCCUCCAGCACACGUCAACGUCGCUACCCUCGCCUCCAGCCACUUUACCCCUGCAGGUUUCAUGAGAAUUUGCCAAGCCUGCGACGUGUAACAGUAUUUAAAGUUCAUACAAGCAUUUCAUACAACAUACAACAGUAUUUAAAGUUCAUACAUCGAUACUUGCGGAACCUGUGACGUGUCACCGUAUUACAACAUCAAGUUUCAUGGGAACUUGUCGAACCUGCGAUAUGUAACUGUAGUUAAGUUUACCGCUGUAGGUUUGGUGAGAAUUUGUUGAACCUGCAUGCGACGUGUAAGAGAAUUUAAGUUCACUCCAUCAGGUUUUUGAGAACUUGUCAAACCUGCGACAUGUAACUGUGCAUGUUAAGUUAUUCAUCUUCUCUAACUGACAAUUGAGACAGUUUGCCAUCGCGAUGUGCAUCUCAUUCUUGGCCUACGAAUGAAUUAGUAGGAGCAUUGUUUAAAAUUCCGAAUCCUAUAGAACUCAACGAAAUAAUAUUUAAAAUUAUUCGUAAUUGAGGUUCUUAAAAACCAUUUGAGCCACAAACUUUGACCAUUUCCCUUUGAAUUCCCAGAAAAUUCAAAGGGAAAUGAUUCUCAGAUUCCCAUCUUGUAACCGAAUAAGUCAUUGCUCCGAAGAAAAUAUAUUUCCCCACGUUCUAUAAAAAAGCCCAUAAAGAAAUUUAUGUAAAUUAUCCAUCAAAAUUCCAAGACAACACGAUUUGUAUCUGCUGGAAUUAACAAUCAUUUCAAUUUGGAUGCUUGCGAAAAAAAAUCGAGAAAUUCGUCCGUGAUUACGCUUGCUGAUUUUGGGUGUCACAAAGGGACGGGUGCUCGGAGCUCCGUUUUAUGUGAAUCAUCAAGAUUCAAUAAAUAAUUCAUCGAACAUAUAUGCCAUAUAUAUUAUCAGCUGUCCGCAAGUUGAUUUUUUUGAGUAAAAAUAGACAUGAUGUCUAUUAAGUAAUGCGAUGCAUUAAUGCUGCAUCGAGAUGCAUUGCAUAUUACAUCAUUUUCUAUCUGAUUAACAACAGAAAUAUGUACAAAUGAAUAAGUUAGCUAACAAUUAUUUCCAUAAUUACGUGUUGUAUCUUGAUGUCACCAUUGUACGUAGAAAUAGUCACAGGAUGGAGCCUUCGUCAGGCUUGUUUUAUAUAUAGUGUAAAUAAUACUGAAUAUCUUGUAGCUGAAAAACUGACUGAAGUUUUUCACUGUUGUACGAUACUGCUGAAUUUUGAUGGCUUUUUCGCCUACUGUUGGUUUUCAAUUUAAGAAAUUUGAGAACUCCGCUUAAGAUUUGUUAUUUUAUCAGUUACUUUAGCCAAUAAAAGUUAAUACGGAGUUUUAGUUUUUCGAAAAUUACUUGUGCUCUGUUUACUCUUCUUACGUUGUGAGUGUGUAUUUUAAGAGAAACAUCAAAGAGAUACUCAAUGAUAUCCUAAAAAUUUCUCAUUAAAUAAUACGAAUAAUAAUGAAAAAUAAAUUCUUUUUCAGGAAGAAGGUGGAUUUUUACAUGUAUAAAAUUUUAAGGACAUUUUUAUGUUAUUUG